GUGCCCGUCCUGACUGCAGCCUCAAACAACGGCCGCCUCCAACUUGCCUGUUGAUUUGCAUGUGUAUCCGCCCCUUCCGGUCACCUGACCUGCGGGAUUGUUCCGGGCCGCGCGUCUUUCAGUGUUGGCGGGUGUUUGUAGACUGAACCGCGGUAGAGACCCCCCAUCUGGCCACAGAGCUACUUUAUUGUCCCAGAUACUCAUUAUUUUAAAAAUGUCUGAGUGGACGGGAGGCAGACGACGUGAUGAUCACAGCGGUAAACGUGACGAAAGUAGCAAUGGCCCGUUUCAGUGGUCCCACUGCAGGAAGAGAGGGGUCGAUGGAUGCCUGCGGCCCAACAGAGAGGCAGAAGGUAAUGACAGGGAAAACAGCAGGCACGCUGAGAGCAGCUACAGAUACUCUGACAACAGACAUGCCAGUUUCACCACUCCAGAGAACGCAGGCCCAGUGUCUCGCUGUGGCAGACAGGCUGACUGGGGCAGCCAGGUGGAGAAUGAUGAGAUGAGGAGGGAUGUACACCGAGACAUGCAGCGUUACAGGAGGAGGAUACUGGGUGCAGAUGUCACCAGGAGAGAGAGAAAGACUUCCUCUGGCUCAUCUGGGAGCUGUGACUCCAGAGAGGGAGAUAACAUGGAGACUGAUGAGGCUGUUUUGCUACGGCGACAGAAACAAAUCAACUAUGGCAAGAACACACUGGCCUACGACCGAUACAUCAAGGAAGUUCCAAAACACAUGCGUCAGCCGGGUGUUCAUCCGAAGACUCCCAAUAAAUUCAGGAAGUACAGCCGUCGCUCAUGGGAUCAGCAGAUAAAAUUGUGGAAGGUCAAACUGCACGCCUGGGACCCCCCAACAGAGGACGGCCAAGACAAAGUCCUUGAUAAUGUUGAGGAGCUGGGUCUUGAUGAUGUGAUGGACAUUGAGCUGGACUUCCCCACCCUUUCAGACUCCCAGAAUGCUCAAGCCUCUCUCACCACACACAGCCUUUCACUGGAGGGUGAGGACUGUUUGGGUACUCCAGUUAAAAUACAGAAGACGGAAACCACAGUGGAGCCUGACACGGUGUAGCUCAACAUUGGCCUUCUCCAAAACCAUACAUGUUCAUACACAUCUUUAAUGGUUCAGCCAUUUUUCUGUGUUUCCCUCUCACAGCCCAUCAUGUUAUGCAGAAUGACUGUUCCAGGUACCAGCAACUUGAUCUACUUGCACCUGCAUAGCUUCAUAAUGCUGUCUGUGUCUCAGUUGGUUAUUAGUUCAACACUUUAACAAAUUAAGUAUUUUUUUCCCAUUUGUACUACUGCUUCCUAACCCAUAUGUUGGGACCUUUUACAGAUUAUUAAUCUGCUCAGGGAGUCUUCUUUUACGGCAUGAUUUUCCAGUUGCGCAUUAAAUCAAGCUUCGUCAAUGGUUCAAGAUUUGGCAUUCUUAAAAACACUUUUAGGACUGAUCCCUGUCCUGGUACAGCAGACAUCCAGGAAUAUUGAUGCCCAUUAGCUGCAAAUAUUAAAACACAACCCAAUUGUACUUGGUAAAUACAUAGAAAUGGACUGAACUCCAGGGGUUCUCUAAAUAGUUGGAGAAUAGUAGUAGGAGAUAGGCAAACCAAAGACAAGGUAUUUUCCUUUUUAAUUAUUCAUAUUGACAAGAUUUUGUUUUUCAUGUACAAUUUUAAAUAUGGGCUUUGAUUUGUUUUUACAUGGGUUGUUUUUUAAUACAAAUG